AAAAUGUCAAGUUCACUGCUGAUGCUGUGUUUGUAAACAAACCUCCGUGAACAUCAACUGUCAUUAUAAUACUUACCACUGCACUGCAUGAUCAUUGAAAAUAACAAAAGAUUUAAUAUUUCAAAAAUAUAGUUUGUACAUUUCUGGGUUAACGAGUAAAGGGCAAUGGUAGCAGUUGUCAGUUUGCAGAAGAUGAAAGAAGACGAGAGUCCUGCAAUUGACGUGACGAAGCCCACAAUGAUGGGGGACGAGGUCUCGAGUGACAAGCGUUUCAAAACGAUCAAACUCUUGGGCGACGAUCUUCGAGCGUUUGCUAAACCACCACAAAAAUUUUGGGAUGACAGUUUCAUUGGAGAAGCCGUCGCUGACGAUUGCCACCCUCCAAAUUCGUCAUUUAUCAUUGGCGCUACUGGAGGCGUUGUUACAGGGCUCUUGGCGGGAUUCUUUUCCACUAGCAGAGUCCCUAUGCCAGUCAGGACGAUAAUUCCUGGGCCGUUUCUCCCAAGAAUUCAAACAUUUUUGAGGACAUCCAUCAUCGGCAGUUCAGUUUUAUGGCGAGUGGCCAAGAGAACAAUUUUGGGAACGAUUCUCUUUGCUGUUUUGGAAUGUGAUUUUAAAGAGUUUGUUCAGAAACCGUCUGAAAAAUGGAAGGGGUCCAUUAUUGCAGGAUCUGUUUCUGGAGCAAUAUUUGGCUUACGCGGUGGAUUGUCAGGAAUGUUGUUGGGAAUUGGACUUUUCACAUCACUUCCUGGAGGGUGGGAAUUAUACACAAGAAAAGAACAAAUAAGAUCCAGAAUUUUUAAUCCGUGAGCAUUAACGGAACGAGAAUGAUAAAAUUGACUAUUUAUUACAUACUUACAAGUAUCUCGAUUCUCUAUCAAUUAACAUAAUUAAACGUAAUUCAUAUUUGCGAGUGUUCGUGUACUUACAUACAUUUGAUUGCCGAUAUAUGUAGCGUCGUAUUAGAUGAAUCUUUAAUAUGAAACAGUAUCUAGUCACAAAAUGGGUCAUAAUUAUAUAAUGCAUAAUUUAGGCUUAUUGUGUAAACAUUUAUUGGAGGCUAGUUAAUUAAAUUCAGAGGCUUGAUUGAGUUAUUUUUUGCUUGGAAUGAAUUGAUGGAUUUAUUAAAUGAUGUAUGUAACUAAAAUAUGAUAAAUGCCGAUUUCAAUGAAUAAUAUCUAUGUAUAUACAAUUCAUUAUGAAAAUAAAAAUGUAAGUUCCUUGUCCUCUUGA